AUGGACCAAAACAACCCGCAAACGCCCCGACGAACUCCCGCCCCCCCACAGAAUCCCUCACAAUCCAUUCCACUCCGGGAAUUUCAACGGUCAGGAGGGGCUGAGGCCGGUCGCGGGGGUCCUGGCCCGGGCGGACUGGUGGUCCCCGGAACAAAUGAAGAAGGAUGGCAGCAGCAUUCCGGGCCCGGGGCAAGGAAUGAAACCGGAGAGGGGUCAUCACCGGUGACGAUGUCGGCCAACCUACCCGGUUUCUCCUCCUACUGGGAAAACCCUUACCCUCAUGCCGAUGACGGGGUGGGCGCCAGCGGUGGCACCUCGCCUAUCGACCGAAUGGGCCUUCAGUUUGCGCUACCCCCUGAUAUUAACCAUCCAAGGCCGCAGGUCCAAGAGUACAUGACUUCGGCCAAUGACCCAUAUCAAAUACCACACACGUAUUACGAGGAGCGCGCCGACACAGACUCCCUCGAGUCCGAUAGCGUGCCUUUGAAGCCAGCUGCGCAGCCCAUCGGCCGUCUGGAGGCACCGGAGGGCGAACCCUCCCCACGAACGAGUUUCCAGACCGUAUCGGAUUUGGGUAAUACGCCAUCUCGCGCCCGGAGCGCCCAGAUGCUUGGAUUCGACCUAGAGCCUGGGUUUUCGUCGAACCGCCAUCGCAGUUAUGGGGACCAUCUCGCGCCCACCGACCGGCGGCGGUCCCGUUCCCCUUCAACCAGCGGUGCCUUUUCACGGGCAAGUUCCAUGAUGAGGGCCAUGUCCCAGCGUGUCGUCAUGAUUAGCGGCGAAGGCGACCUGGUUGACCAGGAGAACAAAAGAGACCGGUCACGCUCGCCGUCUCCCGAUGGACGACAAUCGGGGCAUGUAUCUGGGCCGAUGUUGGUGGAUACGUCGUACCCUUCGCAGACGUUCCCAACCCCAGCCGAGAAGCGGCCCGGUUCUGAUUACUUUCAGCCAGAAACAACUCCUCCGCUGCCUCGGCGCCAUGGCCCUCUUCCGAACCCUCUGAAAGGGAAAUCGCUGGGGAUAUUCCCACCUGAUAACCCAAUACGAAAACGGCUUUGCGAUAUCUUAGUUAGCCCGUGGACAGAGCCGUUCAUCCUAAUCUUGAUUGUUGCCCAGACCGUGCUUCUCGCUGUUGAAGCCGCCCCCGACGUUUUCAUCCAUGGAAAUGGACGGCCCGCGACCUGGGGCAACACCCGGAUUGACUGGGCCAUAUUUGGCCUAUUUGUCGUUUUUACACUUGAGAUCAUCGCCAGGAUUAUAGUUUCGGGCCUACUUAUCAACGCCGACGACUACGCACCUGUAGGGAGCAAACGACGGUUGAGGGAAAGGGUUGCCGAGCAGUAUCGUUCUAUUUUUAAGCCGCAAAGGCAAAGAUCGGUUCGGCAGCCGCCUCAGGGCCACGAUUUUGUGCCCACAUUUGCCAGGUCCUUCACCAUGAUGCAUGGGAUGGAAGGGCAGGUUCCGCUUAAGGAGCAGCAACGACUUCAUCUCGCGCGCAGAGCCUUCCUGCGGCACAGCUUCAACCGGCUUGAUUUCAUCGCUGUGGUUUCGUUUUGGAUAUCCUUCACUCUCGGUAUCACUGGAAUGGAACGUUAUCACCACCUCUACGUCUUCCGCAUGCUGAGCUGCUUGCGUAUUAUCCGGUUGUUGGCUUUGACUAAAGGCAACCUGAUAAUCCUCAGGAGUCUAAAAAAGUCUGCGCCGCUGCUCGUCCGAGUUUCGUUCCUCAUGGGCUUUUUCUGGCUACUGUUUGCUAUUGUCGGCGUACAAAGCUUCAAGUCUAGCUUGAGCCGCCAGUGCACCUGGAUCAACCCCGAGGACCCCACGAAUUUCGAUGCCGCUUUCACACCGGAUCUGUCGUUUUGUGGCGGAUUCAUCAACUCGACGACGGGUAACACCGACCCAUGGGUCUUUUCGCCGACGAUGAAUCUGGCCCCGGAAGCCCUUGUACCCGGCGCGACCAACGCCAAAGGCUUCAUCUGUCCGAGGGGAUCUAUCUGCCUCCAGCAAGCGAACCCCUUUAACGGAACGGUCAACUUUGAUGAUAUCGCCCACUCUCUCGAGCUAGUCUUUGUCAUCAUGAGCGUUAACACCUUCUCCGAUCUCAUGUACUACACAGUCAGCUCGGAUUUUCUCCCGUCCGCGCUAUUUUUUGGGGCUGGCAUUAUCAUCAUGAUGCUUUGGAUGACCAACUUGUUGAUUGCUGUCAUCACAUCGUCGUUCCAGGUCAUCCGCGAGGAGUCCAAAGCCAGCGCGUUCGCCGACGACGACCCGUCCGUGUUCCAGGCCGCCGCGGAGAAGACGCCCCGAAGAAAGUCAGCACUGCAACGGAUGGCUAGCAAGAUCUCGUGGGUCUGGGUUUUGGUUAUCACGUACGGGCUCUUCUGCCAGUCACUACGAAGCGCAGACAUGUCCCAGAGCCGCGAGCACUUUAUCAAUGCGUCCGAGAUUGUUGUCACUGCGAUACUGGAUUUCGAGAUUGUUUUGAGGUUCUUCACAAACUUCCGACGAUUCCACCGGAGAGCCCGUAACCUCGUUGAUCUUGGGCUUGCCAUCGCUACGACUGUUAUCCUCAUCCCGCCGAUUCGGAACUCGGGCCAGGUCUACAACUGGCUCACCAUUUUCCAGAUCGUCCGAGUGUACCGCGUGGUCCUUGCUAUCCCGAUGACUAGGAAGCUUAUCGAGAUGGUCCUGGGCAACGUUACCGGUAUUGGCAACUUGAUGGUGUUUGUGUUCCUGAUCACGUUCCUGAUGGCCAUCUUUGCGUCGCAGCUGUUCCGUGGUCAGCUUCCCAAGACCAAGGACGGCGGAGAACCCUUACGGAUUCCCUUUAACACGAUCUACAACUCGUUCUUGGGCAUGUACCAGGUGCUCUCCAGUGAAAAUUGGACGGACAUCCUGUACAGCGUCACCUCCUACACGACCCAUAUCAGAACCGCCUGGAUUGGUGCCAUAUUCCUCAUCGGCUGGUUCAUCCUCUCUUACUUUAUUCUCAUCAAUAUGUUCAUUGCUGUCAUCCAGGAGAAUUUUGAUGUGGGCGAGGACAUGAAGCGUUUGGAGCAGGUCAAAGCGUUUCUGCAGCGCAGAGAGCUGGGCAAUUCGUCCAACCUUGCCCUUUCCAGGGUCUUCGGGUUUGGCAAGUCGCGUAACCGGGCGGAUCCGCUUGACCAGACGACAGGGGCUGGCGUGGUCGACAUGCUCUUCAAGGAAGGGUUUGUCCGUGAGUUCCUCGACGACGCCUUGGACGAGUUGCAGCAGCCUCACGGCGACGACCCGUCAUCGCAGCAACCCGGCGUCAACGGCGUGGGGAAAUCCGGGUUCUGGGGAUUCGUGCAAGCAAAGGCGAUUUCUCUGAUUCAGGGGCGUGAACCAAACCCAUUCUACUCUGGCGUCCGAUUCGGCGGCCCCAUCGCCACCUUGGAUCCCGCCCAGCUUGCACGUCAGGCUGUGAGCUCUACUGCUGCCCGGCGAAAAGCGCAGAGAGAGUACCUGAUACGCCACCCUACCUACAACACAUCGCUCUUCAUAUUCAAGCCGCGCAACCCCCUUCGGCGGCUUUGCCAGAAGUUGGUAGGUCCUGGUCACGGCACGGAGCGUUACGACGGCGUCCAGCCCAAUAAAUAUGCCUGGUACACCUUUUCGGCCUUCAUCUACGCCGCCAUCGUGGCCAUGGUUGUUCUAGCAUGCAUCACCACACCGCUUUACCAGAAGGAGUACUUUGACCAGCACCCCUUCAGCAUCUUCAACUGGUUUGUUUGGACGGACGCGGCGUUUGCCAUUGUGUUCACCGUCGAAGCGAUCAUCAAGAUCAUUGCGGACGGAUUUUUCUGGACUCCCAACGCGUAUUUCCGCAGCACGUGGGGCAUCAUUGACGCCAUCGUGCUCAUCACACUCUGGAUUAACGUCGUCACGCUGUUUACCGAUGCCGGCGCCGUCUCCCGAGCCGUCGGCGCGUUCAAAGCUCUCAGAGCGCUGCGGCUGCUUAACGUCAGCGACAGUGCCCGGGACACGUUCCAUUCUCUGAUCAUCGUCGGCGGCUGGAAGAUUCUCAGUGCCUCAUUCGUCUCCAUCUCCUUGCUCAUCCCUUUUGCCCUGUAUGGACUCAACCUCUUCAACGGCAAGUUGGCGGCGUGCAACGACGGCGACGGCAUCGUAAACUUGAGCGAUUGUGUCGGCGAGUUCAACAGCACGCCCUUCAAUCCCGACUGGCCAGUCCUUGCUCCUAGAGUUGCCGCGAACCCGUUCUUCAACUUUGACGAUUUCGGGUCCAGCCUCUUCGUUCUCUUCCAGAUUGUCAGCCAGGAAGGAUGGACAGACGUCUCGUUCGCCGCGCAGGCUAUCACCGGAAAGGGCCUCCAGCCAGAAGGCGGACCACCGUACACCGCCCAAGGGAAUGCCCUCUUCUUCGUAGUGUUCAACCUCUUGGCAACUGUCUUCGUCCUCACUUUGUUCAUCUCGGUUUUCAUGCGCGGGUACACAGAACAGACAGGCGUGGCUUUCCUCACAGCCGAGCAGCGAUCGUGGCUCGAACUGCGCAAGAUGCUGCGCCAGAUCUCGCCGUCCAAGAGCGCUUACGAUGACAAGAAGAAUAAGUGGAAAAUGUGGUGCCACAAGCGGGCUAUUGAGAAGCGCGGCAAGUGGUAUCUGGCCAUCACCGCCGUCCUCGUCUCUCACCUCAUCCUGCUCCUCACGGAGUUUGACAAGGAGCCCGAUUGGUGGACACAGACCAAGGACAUAUUUUUCCUUGCGUUCACCCUCAUUUACAUUGCCAACCUCGUCGUCCGCGUUGUCGGGCUUGGUUGGACACGAUUCCGCAAGAGCUCUUGGGACAUCUUCUCGCUCGUGGCCGUUACUGGUGCUCUAGCGACCUCCAUUCUCUUCCUCACGGACAGAACGGAGGUCACCUACAUCCAACUGCACAAAUUCUUCUUGGUGGCCCUGGUGUUGAUGCUGAUCCCGCGCAACGACGCGCUCGACCAGUUGUUCAAGACGGCCGCAGCCAGUCUGACGACGAUCGGCAGUCUGCUCGCGACAUGGAUCGUCUUCUUCCUCGUUUUCGCCAUCGCGCUGACCCAGACAUUCAGCCUAACGCGCUUCGGCAGUGGCGAAGACUCCAACAUCAACCUCCGCACCGUACCCCAUGCCCUCAUCCUCCUCUUUAGGUUCAGUUGUGGAGAGGGCUGGAACCAGGUGAUGGAGGAUUUUGCGCAGAUCAAGCCACCCUUCUGCGCCGAGGGCGAGACCUUUUUUGACAGCGACUGCGGUAGCACCGCUUGGGCCCGCGUGCUCUUCAUCGCGUGGAACAUCAUCAGCAUGUACAUCUUUGUCAGCUUGUUCGUGUCACUCAUCUACGAGAGCUUCUCGUACGUGUACCAGCGCACAAGCGGGCUGGCGGCUGUGGACCGUGACGAGAUCCGACGAUUCAAAGAGGCGUGGCGCAGUGUCGACGCGUCCGGGACUGGUUUCAUCAGCAAAGAUGCAUUCCCACGGCUCCUCGGCGAGCUCUCGGGGGUGUUCGAGAUGCGCAUCUACGAUAACGACGACUCGGUGCGGGCCAUCCUCGAGGAUGUGCGCAACGAGAACGAUGCGGCCAGUAUCCGGCACGCGUCCAUCAUCAGCAAGAGCCAGUACCAGACGGGUAUUGAUCUGAAGAAGCUGAAUGAGCGGCUCGCCCUGAUCGAUGUGGCCAAGGUGCGCGAGCGGAGGCGCAGGUUCAAUGUCUUUUUUGAGGAAGUCAUGGUAUCGGCGGAUCCAGAGAGGGGUAUCUCUUUUACGACGGUGUUGAUGCUGUUGGCGCACUACAAUAUUAUUAACGACAGCAAGAGUUUACGGUAUGUUUAUCUCCAAACCCUUUUAUUAUUUUUUGGUUUUCUUGUUUUGGUUUUUUUUCUUCACAUCCUCGAUUUCCAUCCCAAUAUAAGCCUCGAGGAGUUCCUGCGUCGCAAGCUGCGGCUCCAACGUGUCGAAGAAGAAGUCCGCCGAAGAAUCGUCCUCGGUUUUUUCGACAUGCUCUUCUACUCGCGCCAGUUCAAACGCCACAUGGACUCAAAGCGGGCUGGGCGUAUGACCGCGAUCCCACAACUCGACAUCCCCGAGAUCCUUGUCGACAACGAAGAGCCGCAGUCCGCCAAACCCCACGAGGAAGACCCCGGCGUACCAGAACCCAAAUCUCUCGGGCAAUGGCAAGACCAAGGACUACGACAACAGCCACAGCAACAACAUCUCGCAGCCGGGAACCGCAACCGCUCCAAAUCAAGCGCGGCCACCCCCACGAUCAGUCGCCCAACCACAACCAGCCUCCUCGCACCUGCCCUCACGCGUGCCCGGUCCCAACACCGCAGCUGGGCUUCAGGCAUCGCGGCCGACGUCACCUCCUUCGACAACUCCUACGGCCAUCCUCUUUCCGGGCCGCGCACGCCAGGCAGCCCAUUCCCGCCAUUCCCACCCUCUGAUACUCACCGUUCGCACACCAGCGCAUUCAGCUUUGAGUUGACCGAUCCGCGCGGGUUUAUAGCGGGCGAUGAGAGUAGCGAUGGUGCUGGUGGGAGAGACGAGGGGACUAGUCUACCGCGACGGCCGCGGGGGAGUAGUGCGGUGGACCCGUCAGUUGUGAGGGAUAUGUUGGAUGAUUCGGUGUGGGUGGAGAGUUUGAGGCGCAGCGCGACGAGGAAGAGUGGGUGGGGCGGAGGGUUCAAGUGA